GGGGAUUCAGAGAAACGAGCGAGCGGAACGAGAAGAAGCAGCAGCAGUAAUAACAACAACAACAACAACAACAGCAGCCACAGCUGAAUACGACACUUGGAGACUUUACACAGAGACUGUUAUUCCUGCAGCACCAGGACUGACUCCGCGCAGUUAAUUCCAGCAGCAGCAGAGAGGAGAGAGCGGAAAGUUUGGAGAAAUGCAGUCAGUGUUCCAGCACCUCAUCAGCCUGCUGCUCGUCUUCAGCAGCCUGCACGUUGAGCAGCUGACAGAGGGCUGCUCGUGCGCACCGUCGCAUCCGCAGCACGCGUUCUGCAACUCCGAGAUAGUGAUCCGUGCUAAAGUGGUGGGGAAGAAGCUCCUGAGGGAUGGACCUUUUGGAACGCUGCGGUACACGGUCAAGCAAAUGAAGAUGUACAAAGGCUUUGACAAAGUCCAGCAUGUGCAGCACAUUUACACAAGCGCCUCGGAGGGUUUGUGCGGUGUCAAGUUUGACAUCAACAAGUACCAGUACCUGAUCACAGGUCGAGUGUACAAUGACAAGGUUUACACCGGGCUGUGCAACUUCAAUGAGCAGUGGGACCGUCUCUCAUUGGCCCAGAAGAAAGGCAUCAACCAUCGCUACCAGCUGGGCUGCAAGUGCAGGAUUAAGUCCUGCCACUACCUGCCAUGCUUUGUGACCUCAAAGAACGAGUGCCUAUGGACGGACAUGCUCUCACACUUUGGCAGUUCUGGCUACCAAUCCCGGCACUACGCCUGCAUCCAGCAGAAGGAGGGCUACUGCAGCUGGUACCGAGGCAUGACCUCCCGAGACAAAACCACCAUCAAUGCCACCGACCCCUGAACCCAGCCGCACGAUGCCCCAAACCCCACUGUCGCGUCCCUGACUCCGUCUCUUCUGUAGAGUAUUUCAGGACUCGUAAAGCUCACUGAUCUGGGUGACUGUUCCUCUUAAAGGGGCAAAAAGAGAAAAGAACAAAUCCAUUGCAGUGCCUGUUUCGUAGCACUUCUUAAAGAAAACAAUAUCUAUUUUGUUUUACAGAUCUCCCAAUUGAACUCUUUCGUGGUUUUCCCUUUGGUCACAUUUAAACAAUCCUUACAGUGCGCUGUCUACAUUAGGGUUCAGUUGUAUUCAAAAUACAACAACGACUGACAGUUAAAAAGCCUAAAACGCAUGUAAGUCGUUGAACAACGUCCACUGGGAAAUACAGAACUUAACUUAAAGACACUGUUGUUGCUGACACAAGUAUCUCUGUUGCAGUUCCUGCUAUUAUCGUUCUGUGCUUGGAGGCUAUACUUGUAAAUCUUUUACCUGUCGUCCCCUUACAAAAACGAAGCUAAACUAAGUCGUUAAGUAUCAGAUAAAUGUCCAAACGAUGGAAAAAGUACAAUCGGCAUUGAUCAAAAGGUACAUUUGAGAUGUAAAACUAUUAUACUGUUAUUGCCAAACAAAGUUUAGGUAUGACCCAUGAAUAUUAUACCUCUUAUUUUGGCUUCAAAACUAUUUUUUGAUAAUGGUGUUGUUUCACAAACACACACACAUAUAUAUAUAUAUAUAUAGACUAUGUUCAGUUUUUACUGUAUGGUGUCUUUACAGAUGAUAGCGUCUUCUUCCCUGAAGGUUUGUGAUGCAACACUUUUUGUUUUGCAGUUGCAUCACAAACACGCUCUGUUUGUGUUGAACACUGAUGAGCAUCAGCCGAAAGGCUGAGAAUGUCUGUUACGGUGGCAACACGGGGGAAGAGCUCAUACUUUAUUUUUUUGCUGUAUAUAACAUAAGCUAAAGAAAUGAACUAUCAACUCAGCUGAAAUCUCUGUUCUUACAUUUAUUUAUGUUUAACGGAUUACACAUUAGUGGCAACAAUCACAGCCUGUUCAAUCAUCUAGAAUGAAGAACCAGCAUCUGAAAAUUAUAUAUCAUGGUACUUUUUGCUCGACUAUAGUUCCUCUGACUGGUGGCACUCUCCACCAACCAAGUACAGUAUCAGCAGAAGUUUCAGAAAACGAUUUAUUUUGUAAGAGUAUAUUCAAUCUUUUUAUUUAACUAUUUGAAAUGGACAUUAUUAUAUAUGAAAGUAACAAUAUUAUCACUAAAUUCACUCUUCUUCUUUGCCUGUACCCAUGUGGGGAGGUUUCCCUUACUCUUUAUUUUCUGUGCAGUACCUUCAUUCCAUUCCAUUACCAGACACAGAUCUGCCUCAAAGGAGUAACAGCCCCUUCAACCCACACACACACACAUUAAAAAAAUAUAGCCUCGCUAUCACAGAAUACAACUCUGACAGCAUAAUGUGUCAACAUUUUCAUUUAAGAGCUACAUUUGACAAUUUCAAACGAUUGAAAUAGUUCCACCCAUCCAGGCCGUCACAGGAAAUUACAACUCACCAUAUUAGAGGAGAUAGACAACAACUGGCUUGUACCAAACACUGAUUAAAAACCCCAGUUGUUACAAUAAUGAUG